GAGAGUUCCAGCUGCCCUCAUCAUGAGCCCUGCCCUCCUACUGAUCCUCCAGGGCAUCACCCUCGUACUGCCAGGAGUGCAGGCCCUGACCUGUCAGUCAGGGAGAGGUCAGGCUGUGAAGGAUGUAUCGGACAUGCCGCUCCAUUGGACAGUGACUAACCAGCAAACCUGUGAGGACGGCUGGGGUUGCCAGGACACAAUGAUACUCACUGUGAAUGGACCCCAAGUGUAUCUGGUGAUCAGCAAGGGCUGCACCCCGGAGGCAGAUCAGGAGGCCCGCGUCACCCAGCACAGUGCAGGCCCGGGCGUCUCCAUCGUCUCCUACACCCAUGUGUGCCGGGACAGGGACUUAUGCAAUGAUGUCUCCAACACAGUCCCUCUCUGGGACUCCCCUCCUCCAACAGCCCUAGGGUCCCUGCGGUGCCCAGUCUGCUUGUCCACAGAAGGCUGUCAGUCUGCAGCAGAGCUGCCCUGCCCUGAGGGGAGCACGCAUUGCUACAAUGGGAUUCUCCUUAUCAGGGGAGAGGACGUCUCCACCAACCUGAGAGUCCAGGGGUGCACAUCCCAAGCAGGUUGCAACCUGCUUAAUAACGCUGAAAAUAUUGGGGCUCUGACUGUGAGCGAGAACUGCGAUCUUAAAGACCCUGGUAAUUCCUUCUCCCCAGCUCCUCUGACCUGUCAACGGGGGGUCAUGUUGAGGACACAGCAAAACGCGGCUCAGACCCCCACCGAAUGGACCGGGAUUGGUUACCAGACGUGUGAUGUCGCGGAGAUCUGUCAGGAGACGCUUCUGCUCAUAGACGUAGGACCCAGAUCACUCAUAGUGGGGAGCAAAGGCUGCAGUGAGUACAGGACACCGGAUUCCGGAACUGUCACCGUCUACUCGCAGCCCCCCGGAAUGCUCGUCGCCUCCUAUGCCCGGUUCUGCUCCUCCGAUGGGUGCAACAGAGCUGACAGCAGCAGUGUCCUGUUGGACGCCCUGCCUCGUCCAGGUGGACUCCAGCGUGCUCGGUGGGACCAGGGACAUGGACAGAUGGGGUCUCAGAGACAAGAGCCUCUGGGGCUCAAGGAGGGUGGCUGCAGCGAGGAGCAGAGCUACCCCCAACCUUCUCUCUGCUCCCCAGCUCCCUCUGUCCCAGGAGACCUGCAGUGUCCUGUCUGUGUGAAUUUGUUUGGAUCCUGCUCACAAAACUCUGAAGUUGUGACCUGCCCUAAGGGCACCACUCGUUGUUACCAAGGCUCCCUUAAUCUCAGGGGAGCCUCGGUGGCAGCAGAGCCUUCAGGGUGCUGCAGACAGAGGUAUCCGGGCAUCAACAUCACCUGGGAGGUGAAGGUGCCCUUCCACCAAUGA